AUGCAACGAAUCACUGAUAUGAACGACAAUAGUGGACAACUUUUUACAUUGAUUGAAAGCACUUAUGAAACACAGGAACAACUCAAUGACAUCAUACAUGAAGAGAAAUACAAUCUUCAACUUUUUGAUCUUGCUCAAGGUCUUGUCUUUCGAUGUCAUCUUGUUUACUAUAAACAAAUCUCUCCAAAUCAUCUUCUUUCUGACCAAGACAUAAUUAUUUUCAACUUUCAUCAUGCUUUGUUUGACAAUCCAUCAAUGCAACUGUUUCUUCAUGAUCUUAAUCAAGCAUAUACAACAGAUCAAUUAUUAUAUGAUGACAAUACUAAUCUGCGUUAUAUUGAUUAUGCUCUUAUUGAACAACAAAUGUCAAUGACCGGUGCAAGUAUGUUUUGGCUUGAUGCUCUUCAUGAUUGUAAACUUAAUCAGUCCUUAUCAUUACCAUUUGAUCGAUAUCGUCUCUCAAAUGAGCAUCGAAGUGGUCGUGGAACAUCUGUUUCAUUUGAUUUUGGUCAAGAUCUCUCACAUGACUUUCUCACUUAUGUAUUAGCAAAUAACAUAUCACUUGAACAACUUGCACUUGCUACUUAUUAUGUGUUUUUAUUCAAAUUAACGAAUGGAGAAAAAGAUUUAUGUAUUGCAAUGAAUAUCGACAACCGUUAUAAAGGUGAACUGAAAUCAAUCAUUGGGCUGUUUGAAAAUGUUAUUCCAUUACGAUGUCAAUUGGAUCCUUAUGCAUCUUUGCAUUAUCUACUUGAUUAUGUUGGAGAGAUAACAGCAAACAGUAUGAAAUAUUCAUAUUUUCCUCUUCAACGUAUUCUUAAACAACAUCCAAAUGUUUCAAAACCUGCAUUUCUUGAUAUAUCAUUUCAGUUUCUAUCAUCUAUGACAAGAAGUGACAAUAAACUAAUAAUGAUUGGUGAUAGUCAACUUUCUUUCAUAUCUUCUACAAUAAAAAUUAACGAUGAUGAGAUUACAAAUGUAUAUGAUUUCUCACUUCUAAUUGAACAUGAUCUCGAUGUCAAUCAACUCUCAUGCACAAUCAAUGCAUCACUUGAUUUGCUCAAUGUAGAAACAAUUGAUAAGAUAUCUCAACGAUUUCAUUCAAUCUUGAAGCAAUUCUUUAUAUCUGUUGAUGAUCAAAUGAAUAAGUCAAUCUAUGAAAUAUCAUUAACAUUACCAAAUGAGAAAUUACUCAUGCAAUCAAUGAACAAUACGGAAGUAUCGUUUUCAUCAUCUGUCACUUGUAUUCAUCAUGAAUUUGUAUGUCAAGUAAUGAAACAUCCACAAAAGCUAGCUGUUGAAUUAGAUGAACAAUCUUUGACAUACGCUGAACUUUUACAUUAUGUCCAAGUCUUAUCUUUAAUUCUUCUUACUGAUUAUCUAAUCACUCCAGGUGAAGUGGUAUGUCAGUGUGUUGAGCGAAGUCUUUCAAUGGUGAUUGGUAUUAUGGGAAUUGCAAUGGUUGGUGGUGUUUAUUGUCCAUUAUCGUCUCGAGAUCCACAACAUCGCUUGUAUACACUCAUAGAACAAACAAGAAGUCGACUUGUUCUUGUUCAUCGUUUUACAAUAAAUAAGGUUGAUGAUAAUAUCGUUCCAGUAAAUACUGAUUUAGUAUUGACUAACAACAAUAUGAAAAGUAAUACUGAUAUUGAUCAAUUAUCAAGUAUAAACGUUACAUCUGACAACAUAGCUUACAUCAUCUUCACAAGUGGUUCAACUGGCGUUCCGAAAGCGACUCAAACGAGACAUAAAAAUCUUCUAAGUUUCAUGUAUUCCCUUCAGUACAUUGACUUUAUCAACGAAAGUGAUACUGUGAUGCAAGUUUCUGCUUCUACAUUCGAUGCACAUGUUCUAGAAAUCGUUGGUGCCUUACUUUCAAGCGCGACCGUUGUCAUGUUACAUUCUUACGGGAAUAUGGAUUUUUUAUAUUUUGCAAAUACACUGGAAAACAAGCAAAUUACGUAUAUGGGAGCUGUCCCUAGUUUCUUGUAUAGUUUCUGUGAUUUUAUUGCAAAAAAUUAUAAUAGUAAUCCUUUAGUUACAAUGCGAUCACUUUCAAUUGGCGGUGAAAUUGUCUCUCAAAAGUUGGUAUAUCAUCUCAAGCAUUACGUGGAGAAGACAUGCUACAUGUGGGAUGUAUACGGACCGGCUGAAACAACAAUGCUAUCGACAACUUAUCUUAUUGAAUCCAUCGCUGAUCAUUUGGAUGUUCCUAUAGGCAAUCUUCUUGCUAAUUACCAAUGCAAGGUGUUUGAUGUAUACUUACAACCUGUUUCUAUUGGCGAAGAAGGAGAGCUAUGUAUAGGAGGAGCCGGUGUCUUUGUUGGUUAUCUUGGACGUGACGAUUUAACAGCAAAAAUAUUCAUCGAUAUCCAUAAUAAAAUAUAUUAUCGAACAGGAGAUCUUGUUAGAAUGGAUAGCAAUGGUCUCCUCCACUAUCAAGGAAGAAAAGAUCAUCAAAUCAAAUUACGUGGACAACGAAUUGAACUUGGUGAAAUCGAACGAUGUUUAUUUAACAUUACAUCUAUAUCUACUUGUGUUGUCAUGAAAUGGAAUGAUGAUUAUUUAGUUGCAUAUGUUCAGAGUUCUGACAUCAAUGAACAGGAAUUGCGUGAACAUUGUCAAUCUCAUCUUCCACCACAUAUGAUACCAUCAAUAUUUAUUAUACUUGAGAAAUUACCAUUGAAUCCAAAUGGAAAAGUAGAUCGAAAGCGUCUACCGUCACCUGAUUUUUCAUCGUCAAGUGGUAAUCAUGAUGAUAAUAUACCGCGCAACACCUUAGAACAACAGUUACAAAAUAUAUUUAGUCAAGCUUUUCAUAUUGAAUCGCCUCAUGUUGAUGUUUCUUUCGGCCAACUUGGUGGAACAUCCUUGGGCGCUAUUCUUGCAUUGACAUUGAUUCGUCAGCAGAUUUGUAAUAAAGUUGACAUUGGUCUUUUAUUUGCUAAUCCAUCUAUUCGACAAUUGGCUACAGCAAUAGAACCUUUGUUGAUUUCCGAUCAAUCACAAGAGACAGUAUUCACAGCCAAUCAAUCUCAUGAAACACAUGCUCGUUUUUUACCUUCGUUUGUUAUAGAAUCUGUUGGUAUUGUAUUUCUUGUUUGUCAAUGGUUAUGGCCAAUUAUAAUAAUUCAUCGAUGGUGUCCAUUCCUUUUUCCUGUCUUACCAGCUUUUCAUCUUUUAUUCUAUGUCAUCUGCUUACGUUUAUUCUCACCAUGCCACAUCAAAACUGAUCGUAUCUUCUCUUGGAGUUAUUAUCGAUGGUGGUUUUUAGAUCGACUUUGGAAUAAUAAUACAUUUUGGUUGCAGCAUACACUUGGCACACCACUCUACAAUUAUUAUCUUCGUCUUUGUGGUGCGCGAAUAAGUCUCAACACACAUAUUUAUACCACAGCUAUUGAUGCUCCAUGGUUGUUAGAAAUUGAUGAUGAAUGUUGGAUUGCUAGUAAGACGUAUUUAAAUUGUUUAUAUUUUAAUGACGACGACACUUUCAAACUGAGUCCAAUUAGAAUUAGAUCUAAUUGUUCAAUCGGUGCACGAUCAAUUCUAUUUGAUGAAGUUGAUAUGCAGAAUAAUAUUAUUGUCCAACCAAUGUCAUCGGUCACUGGCUUCGUCGCAUCUGAAAUGAUUAUUGAUGGUGAAGAACACAAAUCUCUUCCGUCAGAUAUCUCCACUAUGCAGAGUAACAGAUCAUUCUCUAUAUGGCAUAAGAUCUACCAAAUUAUUGUAAUCAUCUCGAUAAUCUGUAUUCAUUAUAUACUUUUGAUCAUAGUAUAUAAAGUUUAUUCAAUGAGACAAAUACCACUACUCAUCAGUAUUGCUUUUUGUUGGACUUUAUGGUCAAUUAUUGGUUGUUUUAUUUCGCUUGUCCUCUUAAAAUUCAUAGUAGGACCCUGCACUGCUAAUGAAAUAUACCCGAUAGCAUCUAAGUUAUAUUUACAAAAGAUAUGGCUUCGCCAAUUAAUUGUAUCUAGUUUUCAUCAUGCUUGGCUAUUAUCAAGUGGCUACGAUUAUCUUUAUCCUUAUAUUCUUCGUUGGUUAGGUGCUCAUAUUGAAGAGAAUGUCAAAAUCGCUGACAUAGAACCUUUUCUAUCCUGUCCAACAAAUCUAUUAAAACUCGAAACAGGUGUUACUACUUUUGGUGGAGUCUUAAUAGUUCCUACUGAGUUGACACUCUCAGGUAAUCAUUGUGUAGAUCAAAUAGUGCUUGGAUCUUAUACAAACCUUGGGAAUGGAUGUUCAAUCUUGCCUGGUAGCUGUCUUGCAUCUGAGACAAUGAUUGGCAAUUUAACACGCAUCUCACGAGAAACAAAAAGCAAAUACGGAGAAGUUUUCAUGGGUGUUCCGGCUCGUACAAUGCCAUUUCAAAUGCCUGUAACGCCAAAAAACCAAGAUCAGAUCGAAAUCAUACCAUUUUGGCAUACGUGCUUGUCUCAUUAUGUCAGUAAAUGUCUUUUACUAAGCAUUUAUUCGUUUGGUGGUCUUGUUAGUGGAUCAAUCAUUCAUACAAUACUUGUCUGUGGCCUCUAUCGAUGUCGUUCAAAUAAGCGUCAUGAAAUUGUACAACAAAUAAUAGCAAGAGUGAUUCCAGAUCAUGAACAAUUUAUUUGUCCAUUUCUUGGUAAUACGCAAUGGCUCAUUCGACUAUUUCGAGCGUACGGCGCUCAUAUUGGUGAAAAUACCAUAAUGCCUACUAUAUUCAGUAUUACCGAUUAUCAUUUGAUGACUAUUGGAGAUGAUGUUCGACUUAAUGCCCUUACACAGAUACAGGGUCACAGUUUCGAACAACGUAUUUUAAAGGUAGCUCCUGUAUCAAUCGGUAAUUCAUGUAUACUGAUGAGUGGCUCAAAUGUAAUGGCAGGCUGCAAACUAAUGGGUAACAAUCGUCUUUAUCCUGGGACACUGAUAAUGAAAAAUGAUCAGUUAUCACCGAAUACUCAUUGGAAAGGGAUUCCUGCACAAUCUUGCACAAUAAAAGCAAGAUUAUCUCGAUCAACAAUAGCUCAUAAUGAUCCAGUAAAAUAUCAGCAGGGAUACGAGACCAUUAACAAAUUGUUUCUCUGGUACGAACGAAUUGCAAGCAUCUAUACGAGUAUAAACGAAUUACAAUUUAUGAAUUAUGGCUAUGCAGAUAUGGAUGAAUAUAGCGAUGAUCAUACUGGCUAUUAUUCAAGAAAGCUUUAUGAACAGGUUCUUGCAAAUGUGACAUUAACAGAUAAGAAUGUGCUUGAAAUUAAUUGUGGUAGAGGUGCUGGUGCUGCAUGGUGUGUUCAUACUCAUGCAUCUCACUCUUACAUUGGAAUAGAUCCUUCUCAAGAUGCCAUUAACUUAUGUCAACGACUUUAUUCGACAACUCCACGACUUUCUUUCGUAGUAGCGGAUGCAACAAAACAUUUACCAUUCGAAAAUGAGUCAAUCAAUAUUGUUCUUUGUAUUGAAGCAACACAUGCUUUUGACGAACCACUAUCAAUCACACAAUUUGCCAAUGAAGUCGCUCGUGUACUUCGCCCAAAUGGAUAUCUUCUAUGGUGUGAUUUUUGUUACAUGAAUGGAUCAAGUACAUCAGUUUAUGAUCUGAUAGAAAAUGAUAAAUUAAUUAUUGAAGAAAAGAUUGAUAUUACAAAGAAUGUUCUUCAUGCACUUGACAUUCAAAAUAAAUCUCGUACUGAUUUCAUUCAGGGUUAUAUUCAACCCGAAGAACAAGAAUAUUUUCGUCGGUUUGCUGGAUUACCUGGUACUGAAAUUUAUGAAGACAUGAGUCAGGGACGUUUAGAAUAUUGGCGAGUUGUAUUUCGAAAGAAGACAACAACAGAUAUGCCUAUCAUCUGA